AUGACCACUGGAGCUGGACCAAUCCACUGCAGCUUCCUGUUGACUCACUGCGAGUGUUACAGAGCCAUGACCACUGGAGCUGGACCAAUCCACUGCAGCUUCCUGUUGACUCACUGCGAGUGUUACAGGGAGAUCAUCCGUCUGAGCAGGAAGAUUGUGCUCCACUGCCCUGCCUCCAUCACCCUGCUGCAGCUGUCACUGUGCUCCACUGCCCUGCCUCCAUCACCCUGCUGCAGCUGUCACUGUGCUCCACUGCCCUGCCUCCAUCACCCUGCUGCAGCUGUCACUGUGCUCCACUGCCCUGCCUCCAUCACCCUGCUGCAGCUGUCACUGUGCUGCACUGCCCUGCCUCCAUCACCCUGCUGCAGCUGUCACUGUGCUGCACUGCCCUGCCUCCAUCACCCUGCUGCAGCUGUCACUGUGCUCCACUGCCCUGCCUCCAUCACCCUGCUGCAGCUGUCACUGUGCUGCAUUGCCCUGCCUCCAUCACCCUGCUGCAGCUGUCACUGUGCUGCAUUGCCCUGCCUCCAUCACCCUGCUGCAGCUGUCACUGUGCUCCACUGCCCUGCCUCCAUCACCCUGCUGCAGCUGUCACUGUGCUGCCACUUGCCCUGCCUCCAUCACCCUGCUGCAGCUGUCACUGUGCUCCACUGCCCUGCCUCCAUCACCCUGCUGCAGCUGUCACUGUGCUCCACUGCCCUGCCUCCAUCACCCUGCUGCAGCUGUCACUGUGCUCCACUGCCCUGCCUCCAUCACCCUGCUGCAGCUGUCACUGUGCUCCACUGCCCUGCCUCCAUCACCCUGCUGCAGCUGUCACUGUGCUGCACUGCCCUGCCUCCAUCACCCUGCUGCAGCUGUCACUGUGCUCCACUUGCCCUGCCUUCCAUCACCCUGCUGCAGCUGUCACUGUGCUGCACUGCCCUGCCUCCAUUCACCCUGCUGCAGCUGUCACUGUGCUGCACUGCCCUGCCUCCAUCACCCUGCUGCAGCUGUCACUGUGCUGCACUGCCCUGCCUCCAUCACCCUGCUGCAGCUGUCACUGUGCUCCACUGCCCUGCCUCCAUCACCCCUGCUGCAGCUGUCACUGUGCUCCACUGCCCUGCCUCCAUCACCCUGCUGCAGCUGUCACUGUGCUCCGAGCCUCCUGGCAAAAUGCUGCAGGAAAGACAAAUAUGA